AUGACAACUACUACUACUACAGACGUCGAUGUCCUGAAUGAAUGGGUGCAAAAGAUCCACUUUGAAAACCGAGUAGACCUGAACCUUCAAGUGCCUACAGCUGGCGAGUCAAUGAAGAUUGAGAUUGAUGGUAUUCCCUCCAAAGUGGAUGCCAAGACACCAUCAUUUUCUUUGGAUGAUCUCUCUCCUUUACAACAACAGCAGCAGCAGCAGCAGCAGCAGCAACAACAACCUGCCGAUCCCUAUUUGAGCGCCAUUUUGUCAUCCCCCGCCACCAAAAAGCCAGCAUCGGGUUGUACUGCCACGGAUGAUUGCACUUGCUACAAAUGUCAACGCCAAAGACGACGAGGUGCUGCUAUCAAUAACAUCAAACAACAACAUGAUCCAACAGCACAAAAGAGCGCCACUAUCGGUCCAAUCCGUUCAUCCACUGCUAUGGGCAUUGCCAAACAAUCAUCAUCGUCAUCAUCACCACCAGCAUCAGCAGCUACUAAAAGAUCCAGCAGCUUACGCAGUAAGAAUUCAAUCACCAAGCGAAAGGUUCCAACCCAGGAGGCGUAUGAGAAACAUCUACCUCGACCUUCCUAUUCACCUGAGGAUAGCAUCUACCGUGUACCAAGCAUCAAAUCAGGACAAGGAAGAUAUCAUCAACGACAACAACAGCAGCAUCAGCAAUAUCAACAUGAUGAAAAGACAGAGCAUGAUUACAAGAUUUCAUGGAAGGAUGAUUCUACAGGAGACGACCUACUCGAUUCCAUAAAGACUUUUCAAGAUAUCUUUGCAGCACAACCCGAGGAUAAGUCAACGGGUCUUUCAGAUCUCUUGGAAACCCGUGCCCAUCAGCUCAAGCAAGAACGUUCGAUGCAACAACUAGCUCCACGCAACAAUGAAAAUGAUCCUCCACCAGAGCACGUCAUUCGAAAUAGGCACGGAUGCUAUACAAUGAGUUGUCGUAAAGGAGGCCCACAUCGUGCUCUUACACUGUAUCAUACCAUGAAAAUGAAUGAUGCAUCGCAACGUAUGGCGGCGUAUGGUACUGCGUUUGAUCAUUGUAUACGGUCCAAUAGUGGCCUAUCUACCUGGAUCCAGAAAUCUACCCAUCGUGGUCCACCUGCCAUAAUGAAAACUUAUACUCCAAGACAAAGAAAGCCUACAAAGAAAUCAAUUCUUCAGCCAUUAUUAUCCACCAACAAAAAGAACAAGGGUGCAGACGACAUGUGGGCCAAGAUCACCUCUGAAAGUGUAAAAUCCAACAAUACAGCAGCAGCAGCAGCAGCAGCCAUAUACAGCAAUUCUUCGCCCAUCUCCAAUGAGCCCUCAGCUACCACCACUACAACUACUACCACGCCUACCGAUCUUAUUUCUGCUGCCCAUAACCUUUUACCACAUCAGUCACCAACAGCGUUACAUGAUUCAUUGAGUCGAGCCAAUGUCAAUACCACACCUUAUGACCAUAUAGACACACCCAGCCGACCCAUACCCCAUAGCAAGAGUUAUCCAGAGAAAAUGGAAACCGAGAGGCAAAAGGAGACGUGUAGUAUAUCAUCCAUGAGCACGGAUAGUGACAAGAGAUCGAUCAAGUUGUUCUCUUCCCUCAGCAGGAAGUCACUAAGGUCUCGAAGUGGUACAAGUGGAUCGAGCCAAUCUGGUACUGAAACUGGUUUCAAGGGAGGAUACACUACACCAUCCCUUAGCCGGAGCAAUUCGAAAAGGGCAUCUCCAUCACCCAUCAUGAAUGAAUAUCCGUCAACAUCCCAACCCAUAAUGAAUGAACAACCACCAGCAGCAGCUCAGCAGCAGCAACAACAACAACAGCAACCUGUAGCAUACCAAAAAGAGUUGGAUGAUCUUUGUGCCAUCAUGCCAUAUCACGAUCGACAAAUACUAGCCAACUUUCUCGCAGAGGCAGGGGGCGAUUAUCUGAAGGCUCUCGCAUUGUGCAAAAAGGCCGUCGUCGCAGGCAAUUUGUAA